UUUCAUUCCUCCACCCUUCACCUGCUGCUCCUGUUGUGCUCUGGGAGGUUAAACCCCAACAUCACACUGCAACAUCUGAGCUCAACUACUUAAAAACCUUUUUCUCAAUCCAUUUUAUGGUUUUCAGCUCAUUUGCAGACCUGUUCUGCUGCUUCUUGAAUGGAAAAGGCAAUAGCUUCUACCAGCUCAGCUGACAUUCCUUGAAAACCUUGUGACAGGCCUUGUACAUGUGGAAGUUCAUAAGGUUUUGUGCACCAGUCUCUGCAGAAUUAGUUCCUAAACUCUCUGUUGAGGAAUCACAGACACUGUCAGUGCUUUACACAUCCAUCAAACCACAAAGGAAAACAACAGCAAGAAAAGCACAAAUGCCUUCAUUGAUGUGUCUACAGGAAAUCACAACAUGCAUUUGCUGUAUAUGUAGAUGUAAAAGUAUUUUCAACUCCAGCUGGGAAAAGCAAGAAAUACAUUAGGAGCGAACUUACUCAUAGCUUUAGCUAAGCCUACAACAUUUUUCUGCUUAUUACUGUUUUCAGAAGAAAUUCAGCUCAGGUUUGAUUCUGGCAACAUCUAGAAAAUAGAGGCAAUUGAAUACCGGGGGAAAUGCUUGUACUGAAUGUAUGGGGAAAAAAAAAGGAUUUUUUGAAUGACUUUUAUUAUUGCUGUAUGAGGUUUUUUAAUUUGUAGCUUGGACAGAUGUCUAGCAGUGCCUGAAAACGAGCCACCCGCAAUGCUUUAGCUUAUAAAGCUCAAACAUGCUGGAUUUGUCUCUACACCAAAACGCCUUCCAGAGCCUUUGCCCAGUUCCUCAGCCAAUCCCCCUCUCUGCCUAUGACAACGAGAAAUUCUGAGCAAUGGCACAGACGUUCUUGAAAAUUACAAGCCUAUAGCAAGAGAGUGCUUAUAAACAGAAAUCUUUGGAUAAUCUGAAGCACAGGUUAUGCUUCAGUUGCACCUGCCUUCACAGAAUCCGUGGAGCGGGACAAGGAGGCAGGGAGGCCUGGCACCACGGAUGAGGCCUGGUGCCCAGGAGGAGGCCCAGCACCAUGAGGCCACAAUGGGAACCUGGCUCUGCUCACCCUCUCCUCCCCAGUACUGGUGCCUCUCACUUAUUCCUCCCCUGCCCACCUAUGUCAGUGCUUCUAUUUCCAUCUAUUAACCGCCUCCCAGUCCGAGUCAUCCCCCUAGAAUUACUCCUGUCAGGCUGCUUACUGCUGCAGUGUGGGCCAUGGCUAAUGCAGUGCGAUAUAGCCCUUCCUUCAGGCUCAUCAAGGCACUGUAAGGCAGUGUUUGUACCAUUUUACUGCAGAAAAACCUCUUUAUUAUCUGAUCCUUAGCAGCAGCUGUAAGAAACACGAUUAUUAAUGAUAAGGUGAGGAGAGCUGGUAUAAUGGUUCUCCCUUGUAGGCAGGGGGGAUAUUCUUUAAUAACUGUAAGAUCAAUUUCUAUUUUGUAUCAGUCCUUUUACAGUCUUCUUUGCCACAAUAUCUGAAUGAUUUCCAGUGGCACAUUAAGUGAUGGGGCUUGAUAUCAGUCACAUGUGGUUUGUUCUUUUAUCCUCUCCCCAGGGAGAGAAUUAUGUAUGCAGCAUACUGGUUAUGUUGCUAGGGUUUUGUUGGUUUUUUGUUUAACAUAUGCACUGCUGCACGUUUAUGUUGGGGAAGGCCAUAUCAAAGCAGGCACGCUGCAUUUACAUGAGAAGGUAAUGAGAGUUCUGAUGGUCCUUAGUUCCCAUAGGAUCUCUGCUAUUGCCCCAGGCUAAGCCCUGCAGACCCCAUUUCCCACCCCAUUGGUAUCACCAGCACCAUUUUGGGACGGUGAUGGCAAACUUUCUCUCUUGGCGUGCAAGUCCUUUGGAAAUACUUGUAAAGUUCACAUACCAGCAGUUUGCCACAUAGCUCUAGAAUUUGUCAUCCAGGUUCUAAGCUUCACCACCUGGUCCCAUAGGGAAUAAUCUCAGAAUCUUGAAACAGAAAGAAAUGUUCGUGCUCUGUGUCCUCCUCCCUCCUGCCCUUCAUGUGCCAUUUUCCUCAUUUCUUUCACGGGCAAAUAGUAAAUAUCAAUUUAAUCUGCAAUGACAAUUACUUCUAAGGCAGGAAUCACAAGUGUGGAUUUGGGAGGGCUUUCACGUGGGUACAGCCUUCACGUUCAUCUGGGAGAAGGUCACAUCAAGGAGGAGCACAUUAUGUUGGAGCUGGAAAUUGAAGAGAAAUAUCUGGCUCAAACAACUGCAGUGUCUGAUCUCCUUCAUGUUUUUAAUACAAAUAUCCUCAGUCUGUUUCCCCAAGGCAGGGAAAUACCGUUAUUCCCUCUGCCUGUGACAGAGGAGGGGGGUUAAGUGACUUGCUAAAAUGAUACAGGAAAUGUGUGGAGGUGCUGAAUCCUUGGCUAACACUGAGCCAUCAUUCUGAGCAUUUAGAGACAACAGCUAUAUCCAGCCACCUUUAUUUAUUUCUCCAGAAGCCACCAUGCCAAAACCUCUGCUAAAUUAGAGAGGGAGGCUAAAGGAAAGCUUUCAGCGGAUUGCUUUUUUCCAUAAAUGGAAAUACCACAAAUCAUUCUGGGAAAAACAGGUCUUUCUGUUCUCUUCCCUCUUUGUCUGCCUCUCUCCUUUUGGAUGUCUCUCCCUCUCCCUCUGGCUCCCAGUUUUCAGAUGUACAGUCCUGACCAUCUAAAAGCACUCCCUGCCCUGCGGGAAGGGAGUAGCUUUGUAUGCUUUGGAACUUACUAUUUGCCGAUGGAUUGCACUCUGCAGGAAGGCGAGACUUCUGAAAAAGCUAGGGCUGCACAAAGCGGCACAAAAAUAAACCGUGCCAUCAGCAGCACUGAGCCAGGUUCCCAUCAGGGGUAACUUGGUCCGGCUCGCGCUGCAGCAGAACUGGCAGCUGCCAGCUGCCCUGCAUAGACAGUGUGUACCCAAACGAUGGCUGGCUGCCUUGCAGGAGGCCUCUCUGAGACCAAACACUCAGUCACUGCUGAUGUCUAUGCGUCUUAGACGUUCAGUCCCUCUUGGCACUAUGGCAGGUCACAGCCCAAAGUGCUGCCUCUGCUCCUAGACUUUCCAAAACUUGGGCAGGUAAACACUGGGGGUCUGACUGAAGGACUCCCAAGUAGCACCUUGGGGGAUGCUCUGGGAUAUUGCCAUGAUGUCAGAAGGCUGAGGGCCAGGAUUAGGGGUGUUUUCCAUGGACCUGGGCAUCCCCACCUUUUUGGCCCUGAGACAAGUCAGAGCUCUUCCCCAGCUGCUCUGCACAUCCAAAAUCAGGAUGCAGCCCCGCAGCAACAUAUUGGGUUGAGGGAGGAGGCUGUAGAGAAUGAGACUGAGAAAUGGAAGGAGGAUCUAGAAGUUGAGGGGAGAGCUGGAAGCUGGAAGAGCUUCAGUGAGAGGGUGGAAAUGCACAGCUUGAGUUUCUCAUAGGUUUGCAGAAGUCACAGUGCUGAACACCUGACUGGGGUUCACAACAUGAAGUAGUUCAUCAGGAAAAAUGUGAAAGGCAAAAGGACAUGAGUAUGUAUGAGGAUACAUCACUCCUCUCUCCUUAAAGAGGUCCCAGAGUCCUACACAUCCUCCAAAAUAGAGAUGUGCUCAUGCUCAGGUAUUCAGGGGUACUAGCUGUCAUGUGGAACACAGUUCUUCCCUCCCUGGCUUUGCAAACGGCAUGUGCAGAAUGGGAGAAGGGCCUAGUGUCAGACCGGCUUCUCUAAACCCUCCCCACAAAUGUCUGAGGGGCUUCCACUGGCACAGGAGCCUGGGAGGCUGUCCCACCAUCCCAGCAGGUCACAGAUGUCCAGGAGAGGAUUGCCAAGCCGCCUUGGCAUGAGAGGUGACUUCUCCACACUGAGCUGAUUUCUGAGCCGUCGCAUCUGCCCUGAGCACAUGCUCAGCCUGACAGCCGUGCAGCCACCCUGUGCCCUCUGGAGGAGUGCAGUGCUGUCCCCCCAUCUCAUGAGGUGGGUCUCCAAGGCAGAGAUAAGGAAUGGUUUCUGCAGCACGCCCGUGGCAGAACAGAAACUGAAUCUUGUUCUCUCCUAUUCCCAGUCACCACAUUAAUGACCUAAAUUCUGCAUCCUUUCUCCAUCCAUUGCCCAGAUGAGAUAGGAGGCAUUGGAGGAGAAGCUGUGGCAGCACAGGCAAGCAGCUGUCUUCUGGAGCCACGGCUCCACGCUGGUAUCACAGACAGCAGCAGCUCAAGGGGACCAGCACUGCCCACCCUGCCCUCACAAACACCAGUGGGGCUGAACCAGGACCAGACAGAGCAGCACAUCGGUCCAGGGUGAAAAGCAGAACCUCAGUGCCACAGCAUUUUAAGCAAGCAGGGUUGGACAGCUCAAUUGCCAAGCACCCUUCUGAGCAUCAGCAGCAGCACACUUCGGGCAUCUGGCACUGGGAGAAGGUUUUCAAAGAGCCUGCCUGUCCACUUGCCUGGUAUAAUGUGGGCACGUAGCAGGUGGGACUGUGGUGAGGAAAUUUGCUUUGCUGUGGACCUUUCCUUCCAGGAGAGCCAUGGCUGAGAAGCAGACACUUGAGGUAACGGCACUGUGGAAGGGUGAUUAAUAACAUAUAGCCCCUGGGUUAAAUGUGGGAAUAACACUUCAGAGAUACAUGGAGAGGCUUUGUUCCUACUUUCUCCUCCUAGAGCUUACCUUUUAGACACACUCCACUGUGACAAGUCUCCUCUUGGAACCUCCUUGAACUAACAGUGAAGGGUGAUAGGUAUCUCAGAAGUACCAGGCAAAAACCAACAGGAUGCAGAAGAGCCAAGCAUAGGGGCUGACCCAGAGGAACUUCAGCCAUCUGCUCACUGCAGCCUCCCAAACCUUGUUUCAGCAAGGCUUUGCCUGGAGAAAAACCCAGGGAGAAUUUUCUGUGUUUCCACAUAUUCCCAAAUACCUGAGAGAUCAUUGGAAAUCAUCUGGAACAAAUCUUCUGAGAGAUGACUCAGGAACCUGACAUGGUGCCUGAGGUCUCAGUCUGGCAAUAGUUAGCCUGGAAGAGCUCUAGGUUCCUCACAAACAACCCUUCCUGGAGGCAAUAUCUACGGUCGUGGUGGCUUCAAAGUCCCCUGCCCUGCACACUCGGCUGGUACCGCAGCUGGGCCAGGAUGGCAGGCAGGUUUGUCAGGCUGCCACAGCACUUGUCACUCUCAAUAUUCAGGCUACAAAGUCCCUUGCUGAGGGCUCAGUCAGUCUGAAACACUGGUGGCUGAUCUACAGCUAUGGUGCCCACGGGAUUGCCAUGCCUAGCCAUGCACCACCCUUGGAUACUGCGUUCCUCCUUCACAAAAGGCCACCCCUGUACCAACAUGAACAACCAGGUACCUCAAGAUACUAAUCAAUCAAUGUCCAGUCAACAAGCAGCCAUGAUGAUGACUAUGCUCAAAGUUUACCACUCUGCAGUGGUAUUGCUGAUUUCAAGAGGAGAGUGACACAAAUGUUGAAGAGACAGGUAGAAACCUCAGAUGAUGAUGGACUGGGAAGAUAUCUCUGGCCUCCUGGUGAGAAAGCUUUGCUCGUCAUGGAGUGUGUUAAAGAGGAUGCCUCAUGUCUAAAGCAGAGAGUAUGGUAGUAACACCUCUAUGGGGGCUUUUCGGCAGCCUGGUGAAUCUGUGGGUGACCCAGAUUCUCACUCACAGCAAAAGAUUUGGUUCCUCCUGCACAUGGGGUCCUUGGCUGCAGAGCUGCACCCCAACACUCAUGCCAAGCUUCUUGCAGGCUUAAUCUGUGAGCGGACACAAGAGGAGGCCUGCUAAAGGUACACAAAGCAAGCAGUCAUACGGAGCAAGUAGAUUAGGAGCUUUUGUUCUUCUCGUACAACAGCGGAACAAUGGAACAUAUCCCGCCAGUGAAAUGAAUAGGUAUAGCAAAUUCACAGCAGAGGAAAACAAACACUUCUCUGCACAAAUACAAUCAGCCCUCUGUACGCAACACCACUGGAAUUCACCGAGGCUAUGCCAGGUGAAAUUCAAGUGGAAACUUGGCCUCUCUAUAGCUAUUCAGACACCUGAAGUUGUUUCAGUCGAUACCAACAGAAGGGAUGCUAACCCAUGAGUUUUGCCACCUGACCCAACCUGUGACUCCAGUUCCACCUCCUACAGAGGCGGGACAGACCCCUUGUCCAUGAAUGGCCAAAACCUCCAGUGCUGCCAAAUCCCAGAGUAAGGGAUGCUGGGCCAAGUGGACAUCAGCCUGUGUCUGGCCUGUGUUCCUGUGUGAAGAAGAGGGAGAUGGGGAAUUUUAAAGGUCUGUGUAAGCAAAUCGAUCACUUCCCUGAGGAUGCAGAUUAUGAAGCCGAUACAGCAGAAUAUUUCCUCCAAGCUAUUAAGAUGGUUAUUAUCACUCUCCUGUUCCCUGAAACACGGCCAAGCAGAGCUGGAAAGCAAGCGAGAGGGGCUGUUAGAGCCUCUAGUAUUUUUCCAAUCCUGAGCGUGAUUCUGCUUUUCAUGGGUGGACUCUGCAUUGCAGCCAGCGAGUUCUACAAAACUCGACACAACAUCAUCCUUAGUGCCGGCAUCUUCUUCGUGUCCGCAGGUCUGAGUAAUAUAAUUGGCAUCAUCGUAUACAUAUCAGCCAAUGCUGGAGACCCCUCGAAGAGUGACUCCAAGAAGAACAGCUACUCCUACGGCUGGUCCUUCUACUUUGGGGCCCUGUCCUUCAUUAUAGCCGAGAUGGUGGGAGUGCUGGCCGUCCACAUGUUCAUUGACCGGCACAAACAGCUGCGCGCCAACGCUCGCGCCACGGACUACCUCCAGUCCUCCGCCAUCACCCGCAUCCCCAGCUACCGGUACCGCUACCAGAGACGCAGCCGCUCCAGCUCCCGCUCCACCGAGCCUUCACACUCCAGGGAUGCCUCUCCUGUCGGGAUCAAAGGGUUCAACACCCUCCCAUCAACAGAGAUCUCGAUGUACACCCUGAGCAGGGACCCACUGAAGGCCACCACCACCCCUACCGCUACCUACAACUCCGACAGGGAUAACAGCUUCCUCCAGGUUCACAACUGUAUCCAGAAGGAGAACAAGGACUCGAUCCACACCAACACAGCCAACCGCCGGACCACCCCGGUAUGAAGCCGCCGCCAGGAGCUGCAAGUGGGGAAGGAGGAGGCAGGAGGACGGGGUGGGGGAC